AGCUAGCCGGGCAACGUUGCCACAACAAUGGACGACUCCGGUAUCAAGAAGCAGAAUUGGGACGUGAAGGAGACGGAGUUAUUUCUUGAGAUACUCAAGGAGCUGGACAUGAAGAAAUGCUUGGACGGGAGGAAAGUGAGGAAUAACAAACUCUUCAAGGUGGCACACAGGAGAAUGACAGCGGCCGGCUAUCACAGAUCCGUGGACCAGUUGAAGUUUCGCUGGAAACUCCUCAAAAGUGCGUACUACAAGUGCAAGAGGGAGCCCGACUCCCCGGCCCCGACCAAAAUACAGGGCUGGUGGCGGUACGAAAAGACAAUGGUGGCUAUCAUGGAGUCCAGACACCCCCUGGUCGGAGCCGGGGUGAACUCUGACAGGAAUGACGAAGUGACAGAAGACUCGGAUGGAGAAGCAUCCAUGCUGCACUGGCCGCAGCCCUGCCCGGACAAUACCACUCAGAACCUGGAUUUAAUUAUCAAAAUGGACCCUGAGAUGGACUCGCAGCUGAAAAUCGGUUUUAUCGGUGCAGGGAACAUGGCCUUCGGCAUUGCAAAGGGUAUCUUGUCCGGAAAUGUUCUUCCUGUAAACGUCAAAGUGAGCGCACCGUCAUCCAGGAACCUGGGACGAUUUCAGGAGCUGGGCAUUGCCGUCACUCACUCCAACAUAGAGGUGGUCUGCGGUUCAGAUGUGGUCUUCGUGGCAGUCAAACCUCACCUGGUACCGCUAGUUCUCAAUGAGAUCUCGCAACACACGACUAACAGACACAUAAUUGUGUCUGUCGCAGCAGGAGUGACACUGGCAACGUUAGAAGAGCUCCUUCCAGAGAAUACAGUUGCCAUCCGACUGAUGCCAAAUCUGCCGUGUAUGGUUCAGGAAGGGGCUCUCCUGUUCGCACGGGGGUCCCAUGCGAAACAGGAGGAUGGAGCUCUGCUUCGCUCCUUGUUGCAUCAUUGUGGUUUGGUGGAGGAGGGACCUGAGGCCUGGAUUGACAUCCAUACUGGACUGAGCGGGAGUGGAGUAGCUUUCGUGUACCUGUUUGCUGAAGCGCUGGCAGAAGGAGCUGUGAAAAUGGGCAUGCCGAGCGCUCUGGCCCACAGCAUCGCAUCUCAGACUGUUCUGGGUGCUGGGAGAUUGUUACGCGACUCUGGGAAGCAUCCGGCCCAGCUUCGCUCUGAGGUCUGCACCCCAGGCGGAACAACCAUCUACGGGCUUCACACCCUGGAACAAGGCGGUGUGAGGGCAUCGACCAUGAGCGCGGUGGAGUCUGCCACUGAGAGAGCCAGGGAGCUUGGCCGAAAGUCGGCAGCAGGAAGCAGGAAAUGAUGGCUCCUGGUUGCCUUUUAAUAACUGCUCAUCGAACUUGAGUAAAGCCUGAUGACAAACUGACUUUUUGGCUCAACCUCAUGAUGGAACACAGAGAUAAAACAGGACUUGUCACUCUCUUUAUUUCUGUUUCUACCUUAUUUUCCCCCAUAACAAGUGCAUUUCAUACGUCUCCUCUUCUUUUUUGCCUCUCUGACUGAAAGGAUUUGCUGUGAGCGACAAGUGAAUAUUGGCUUAAUCUUAACAUUGACACUGACAAGUAAAUUAUUUGAUCCAUGACCCUGUGAUCUACAUUUUUUGAAAGAAUGGCUACUUUUACAUACACACCUGUAAUUCGUUUUCGUGUGUGUGUGUGUGUUUGUGUGUGUGUGUGUGUGUGUGUGUGAAUAUGAAUACAGAAGGAAACACUGAUGUCCUAAUAAUCUAAUAAUGUGGAGAGAGAGACCUAAGUUGUUAAUCUAACUACACUCUGUAGCAUCAAUCAGUCGAAGAAACAAUUUCAGAUUUGGAGUAAUACCUUACUACCAUGAUUGGGUUAUUAUGUGCAUGUAAUGUGUAGUGCAGAAUGUAGUUAAUUAUAUUCAAAUAUUUAUUAAUAUUUGGCCAAAUUAAGCAUAACAUUUUAAUACAGGAUAAGUUAUGGAUGAUCGUGGUUGUUCAGCUGCAUUCCAGUGAUAGUUACUUUCCCAGCUGUAGCUUCCAUGUAGUUGCUGGGUUUUUGUGGCGAAAUGUGUAGAAAAAUAUUUAUGAUCUACAAUGCCAAGUGUGUAGAAUCGAUUUUCAUAAAGUGUCAUGUGAACCGGA